AAUGCAGUCGACACGUAGUCUGCAAGCAAGUAUUCUGACAUAAGCAAUUUGAUGCAGUGCACUGGAAGAAGUUGAAUAGUAACUACGUGGCAAUUGAAAAUGGAUUUUACGAAUAAAGCAAAUGAUGCUGAAGCUCUGCUACAGUUCCAAGAUUUUGGAAUGGGAAGCACAUCUACUGCAGGAAAACCACCUCCCUAUGAGCAAACCCACAAUUUCUCUAACUACCCCACAUCACAUGUCGACAUUGAUGAGGUCCCUGCAAAGAGAAGUCGUAAAUCCAUCCAACAUCCAGUUGCCAUUUUAAGCUCUGAAUUGAUGGAGACACUGCCUGUAGUCAAAGUGUGGGUAGCUAAAAUUAUUGACAAAAAGGCCACCCAAGUUUUAGUUAAAAGUCUCAGUGAGAUUCCACCCGUUUUGCAUCACUUGAAGAGAGUAAAAAAUAACAAAGGAGAAUUAAAAAUAAUUAUUGGUUUAGCGGAAGAUACUGCAAUGAAAUGCAAACAAAGACUGGUUAUUCAAGGAUUGCAAUUAGAAGGCUUGGACUUGUGUGAAAACUGGGAGGUAGUAGAAGUAGCCAAACGUCUUCCAUUAACUCGCGCCCAGUACAAUACAGCAACUAAACAGUGGCCAUGCAACUUUCAUGAAGAAAAAACCAUUGAAAAGCUGCUCAGUGGUUGUUGGUUCAGUGCUCAACAACUCGAAAUUAAGUUCAGAUGGAUGCAACUAAGCCUAGCUAUCAGUCAGCUACCAGACGACGUAUUUCUGUGGCAUAAAAACUGUAGGACUAAAUUGACUGAUAAAACAUUUUACGAAAGUAGACGAGAGACCCCGUUCACUAGUGCCUGUGAAGGUCCGUCCAUGGGUGUGGUAGUGGUUAAUCCAGCAACGAACGCCGUUAUUGCUGCCACAUCCGUGCGGAAGACUUUGCAUCCUCUUCACCACGCUGUAAUCGUAGCUGUUGACCUUGUAGCGCGUAGCCAAGGGGGUGGAGCUUUACCAUUGACCAGUGAAUUGAAUAUUAUGGACGAUGACCAAUCUCAAAAUGCAACGCCAAUGGCUCUCACCUCUCAAGAAAAUGCUCCAUCAAUGUUAACAUUUGCCUAUUACCAGCGAUACUUUGACGUGGACACUCCACAGGUUAAAGAACGGUUGAUGUGGUCUUUCAUACCCCGACCGUCGCGUGACACACUUACGCAUUACAUCCGACCCGCACCCGACCUUUACGGCCCUCUGUGGAUUUGUGUUACUCUGGUGUUUUGCGUAGCUAUUAUGGGAAAUAUUGCCGAUUAUUUACAUUCAGGAGGAGAAGGCCAACACUGGAGGUACGAUUUCCGAAAAGUUUCUAUUUCUGCAUCCACAAUCUUCAGCUACGCUCUGCUCUUACCGUUAGUCUUGUGGCUUCUCCUCUGGUGGCGCAGGAAAGAAGGCGACCAACCCUCGCUCGGUUUUAUUGAGAUUGUAUCUCUUUAUGGCUAUUCUUUAGCCAUUUACAUUCCAAUAUCCGUGUUGUUGACUAUUCCGUUCCCAAUCCUUCAGUGGACGUUGGUGAUCCUUGGAGCAGCACUGUCCGGUUCAGUAUUGGUUUUGUCUCUGUGGCAACCACUAAGUGUUACAAGAAGAGGAAUGGCCGUGAUUAUUCUUUCUGCGAUCUUGGCAUUCCAUUUUCUGUUAGCUGCAGGACUGCAGCUCUACUUUUUUCGCUACACAGACAACGUGGUGAUUGUUUCCGGCAAUAACGAUGGAAUAUCUCAUGGUCAUUUAAGGGCCGUUGACAGUUUGGCAUUUGACAAGGUCACGGAAUUGCAACCACUGAAUUUCCUUCGCGGGAUCGAAAAGAAUUCAUCGUCCGAAAGUACUAAUGCAGAAACGACUGAUCCAAGAAGCACUAGAACACUUUUUCAUCUAUCAGCCGUCCCUCUGGUAACAGGGAUUGACGGUGAAGAACAAACUCUGAUACCAGAACGUGUGGCAGUAACUGCUAGUUAUUCCGUGACCAAGGACGCAACAGGGCACAGUGAAAUACCCAACAUUAGUACUAAGUCGUCCGAUAGAGACGGUAGCACAACCGGCGUUUAACUAAUUGAAUUAUUACUGUUACAAAAUU